UUCAAUAUAUUUAAUAGUUUUCCGUUGCAAUUAGUGUUGUUGCCAGUUCUAAAGAGUUCUGUUAAAUAAUGCGUCGUGUUUUUACUGUUAUAGUCUUUUGCGGAAUAUUAUUCCUCAUUACUUAUACAUUAUUAGAAAAACCAGGCAAUUUGUUUCCAAAAACUUCAAAUAACAAUCGGACUCUUUUAAGAAAUCUCUUCGAUAUAAAUGUCCAAAAUAAUUCAAUAUUCUUCCUGGAUACAUCUCUUAAAGACUAUAAACACGAUACCAUCACCAUACAUCGUCGAGCAUCUUGUGCCUUGGAAUCGGCCGCUUUUCAUCAUCAAAACCGGUCGAUUUAUUACGUGUACGUUGGAAACUAUUCAGAAGCUGCAAUGGAUACUACUGAUAUUAACUUGAAAACGAUUUUAAAUUACGAAAACAUUCAGCUCGUUUACGUAAAAAUUAACGAUUUAGUUGAAAACACUGAAAUUGAAGAAUUAUUUAAGAAAGGUUUAAUUCAAAGUUCGGAUUAUUACGUUGCACAUUUUAAAGAUGCCUUUUGCGUAAUUCUUUUGAGGAAAUACGGUGGAGUUUAUCUUGAUGGUGAUGUGAUAAUAUUAAAAAAUUUAGAUGACUUGGGAGAAAAUUUUGUUGGGAAAGAAGCUGAGGAAGUUAUUGGUACCGCAAUAUUGGCGUUUAACCAGAGUAGUUAUCAACUUUUAACCACAUUUUUGAACGAUCUCAAUGUAGAAUAUAGUCCGACAUCGUGGGCUGGAAAUGGACCCUAUUUGGUUUCUAGAGGGGUGAAAAAAUUAUGUGGGACAACAUCGAAUUUUUCGGACAACAACUGCGACUAUUUAAAAAUCUUUUCGGAGAAUUAUUUUUUCCCGGUAUAUUAUGUGGUCUGGAGGCAUCUUUUCGAACCGCAAUAUGCGGAAGAAGUUCUGGAAAUAACCAAAAAUAGCUACAUGGUUCGUUUUUGGAAUAAAUUGAGUCACGAAUUGAUAUUAGACGUUAAAUCUAAUGCUCCUUAUGUACUUUUAGCGAAAAAACAUUGCCCGAAUACCUUUUUUAUACAACAAGAAUCAUUUUAAAUUUAAUUUCUUAAGUAGCAACUGUUUCUUUUUAAAUUUUUUUUAUUUAUUUGUCAUUUGUAUUUUACUCACUAUUACCAUCUUAUUAUUCGAUUUUUUUUGAGAAUGUAAUUCAACUGUACCUGCAGCCACGCCUUAAUCAUACCUUAAUUAAACCAAGCAAAGUUAAUUAGAAUAUGGUAGCAGUGGGUUUAAAUAUUUUCUAGUUUGCCCGAAAUUAUUCAGAAUGUAUCUCAGAUUUGUGUCAGAUGAUCAAAAAUUCCCUUUAGAAAAAUAUUUAGUGUACAAUUUUUUAGAAAUAUUAUUAAAAAUGUUAUUUAAUAUUUUACCAAUUCUUGUAUGAUGUUAACGGAGUCUCCUAAAUUGUGGCUGUUUUUUUAAGUGUAAUAUUCUCUAAAUCGUCCAUUUCGUUCUUUUUGAUUCAAUUAGCAUAAUGUUUAAAGAUCGACUGUAAAUGAAAAUUAUUUAAUAAAAUGCAUUAGUUUUUAUCAA